GACACCUACGCCUUUAUCACCAGUUGCUUCUAGCGGGUCUCCAAGGGGCUAUACGACGCCCUACUAAUUUGGCUCAGGUAAAACAGGUAUUACAGGAAGCAGGGGAAACUCCCUCCGCCUUUCUAGAGAGACUUAAGGAGGCCUACCGUAUGUAUACUCCCUAUGACCCAGAUGACCCAGGACAAAUGACGAGUGUCUCUAUGUCCUUCAUCUGGCAGGCUGCUCCAGAUAUCAGGACUAAGUUACAGAGGUUAGAAAAUUUACAGGGCUAUACAUUACAAGAUUUACUUAAAGAAGCUGAAAAGAUUUUUAAUAAGAGAGAGAUAAAAAAAAAAAAACAAAGAAUUGAGUCAAAUCUUGGCCGCCGUAGUUCAGGGCCAAGAAAAGAAGGGAGAUAGGGGGGGAGCUCGAAAGGGGCUGAAGCUGGAUAAAGAUCAAUGUGCCUAUUACAAAGAGAAAGGGCACUGGGCCAGAGAGUGCCCCAAGAAGCCUGGCGGACCCCAAAAGCCUCGACCACGAACCUCCCUCUUGGCUCUAGAUAAAGAUUAGGGAGGUCAGGGCCAGGAGCCCCCCCUGAGCCCAGGGUAACGCUUAAAGUUGGGGGGCAGCCGGUUACUUUCCUGGUAGACACAGGAGCCCAGCAUUCAGUCCUCACCCAAGCUUCAGGACAACUCAGCGACCGGAUGGCCUGGGUACAAAGAGCUACUGGUGAGAAACAAUACCGAUAGACCACGGACCGCCGGGUUCAGCUGGCUACUGGUAAGGUGACCCAUUCCUUCUUACAUGUUCCAGACUGCCUGUACCCUCUGCUGGGCCGUGACCUGCUCACCAAACUAAAAGCACAAAUUCAUUUUGAGGAAGGAGGGGCCCAAAUAACUGGCCCCCACGGAACUCCCCUUCAAGUUCUAACCCUAUGAACCGGGACAGGACACUGGCUUGGACAGAGACUGGUGGGAUGGGGUUGGCGCUCCAACAGCCCCCCUUAAUUACAACUCCAGUCUCCAUAAAACAAUACCCCCUGUCACAUGAAGCUUAUCAAGGUAUAAGGCCUCACAUUAUGAGGCUUCUGGAUCAAGGCAUCCUAGUCCCCUGCCGGUCGCCUUGAAAUACGCCUCUUCUGCCUGUUAAGAAACCCGGCACUAGAGAUUAUAGGCCAAUACAAGACUUGAGAAAGGUCAACAAGAGGAUAAAAGAUAUUCAUCCGACUGUUCCAAACCCUUACAAUUUGCUCAGUAACUGUUCAUCGAUGAGAAACAGGGGUAUGCUAAAGGGGUCCUAACACAAAGGUUGGGACCCUAAAAACGCCCUGUGGCCUACCUGUCUAAGAAAUUGGACCCUGUGGCCUCCGGCUGGCCACCGUGCCUAAAGAUGGUGGCUGCUAUUGCUGUCCUGAUCAAGGAUGCUAAAAAAUUGACUUUGGGACAGCCACUUACCAUCCUAGCACCCCACACAGUGGAGGCCUUGGUAAAGCAGCCCCCAGACCGCUGGCUCUCUAAUUCCCACAUGACCCACUACCAAGCCUUGUUACUGGAUGCAGAACAGGUUCAGUUUGGACCCGUAGUCGCCCUCAAUCCUGCCACCUUGCUUCCCCUACCAGAGGAGGCAGAACAGCAUGACUGCCUACAAAUCCUCACAGAAGUACAUAGAACCAGGCCGGACCUAUCGGACCAGCCUCUUCAGAAUGCUGACCACACAUGGUACACGGAUGACAACAGCUUCUUGGCAGAGGGAGAGCGAAAGGCUGGAGCUGCGGUCACUACGGAGGACAAAGUGAUUUGGGCGAAAGCCCUGCCUGCUGGUACCUCCACACAACGGGCUGAACUCAUCGCCUUGACUCAGGCACUCAAGAUGACAAAAGGUAAGAGGCUAAAUGUAUAUACAGACAGCCGUUAUGCCUUUGCCACAGCACACAUCCACGGGGAGAUCUACCAGAGGCGGGGGCUGCUCACAUCUAAAGAUAAAGAUAUUAAAAAUAAGGCUAAAAUUCUGGCCCUCUUAGAAGCCCUAUUCUUGCCCAAAAGACUGAGUAUUAUACAUUGUCCAGGACACCAGAAAGGGCACAACCCAGAGGCACGAAGAAACCGCUGGCCGAUGCCACGGCGCGAGAAGCGGCCAUGAGCAAAUAAAUCUUGCCCUUAAAUAGCCCAGACCAACCCACGCCCCCACCAGUGAGACAAACUAGUUGGGUUUAUGCCCAUGAGGACAUAGAGCUCCUAGAAAAAAAUGGGGGCCAUCUACCACCCUCAACUAAAACAGUGGGUCUACAAAGGACUUUUGAAUUGAUCUCCUUUUUACACAAAUUAACCCAUUUGGGGUUUAAGAAGAUAAAAACCUUACUAGAUCGGGAAGAGAUAAAUCUGUGUUUUUUAAAUCGGGACAAAGCGAUACAAAAGGUGACUGAGAGUUACAAAGCGUGCGCUCAGGUUAACCUGGGAAGGAUCAUGAUUGGACAAGGAGUUCGUCCUAGGGGACACCGUCCCGACAUCCAUUGGGAAAUUGAUUUCACUGAAAUUAAACCAGAUAUAUAUAGAUACAAGUAUCUCCUAGUGUUUGUAGACACCUUCUCAGGAUGGGUCGAAGCCUUCCCCACAAAGCACGAGACUACAAAAAUGGUCACCAAGAAGCUCCUCGAGGAAAUCUUUCCCAGCCCUUCUCUGAGGGCCCAUUUACAGGCCCUACAGAUUGUGCAGAGAGAC